AUGGUGUUCUUGGUUUUACUGUUUUUGUUGCUAUUAGCCCUGCCGGUUCAUGUCGUCGUCGGCCAGCGAGGCUUCCUGAGCAUCGAUUGCGGCCUGGACGACAAGGACAGCGGCUACACGGACCGCGACACCGGCAUCGUCUACGUCUCUGACGGCGCGUACGUCGACGGCGGCGAGAACCUCAGGGUCGCCGCCGAGUACGAGAGCCAGUGGAAGCAGCGCUACCUGACGGUGAGGAGCUUCCCGUCCGGCGAGCGCAACUGCUACUCGUUACCCACCGAGGCCGGGGCCAAGUACCUGGUCCGGGUUUACGCUUCGUACGGCAACCACGACGGCAAGAACGACAGCUCGUCCCUGGAGUUCGACUUGCACCUAGGGCCCAACUACUGGGACACGCUGCACGUCGCCACCGGCGACGUGUUCGAGGCGGUGUUCGUGGCGUGGGCGAGCUGGGCGCCGGUGUGCCUGGUGAACACCGGCCGCGGCGCGCCGUUCGUGUCCGUGUUGGAGCUCAGGCAGCUCCCUGAGGUGCUCUACCCGCUCGCCGUCACGUCCAGCCAGGCCUUGAACACGUUCAGACGAGGAAACUUGGGCUCCAGCAUCUCCACCGCCCGGUAUCCCGGCGACCAAUACGACCGUUUUUGGUGGGCAAGCGGCACCAACCCACAGUGGGCCAACAUGUCGACGGCGCAGGCCAUCCAGCCAGAUCCCGGCUCCGCCGUGCCCCUGCCUGUUCUCCAGACGGCCGCCGCCGCGGCCGGCAACGGCACGGCGCUGAAUUACCCAUGGCGGACGACCAGGGCGACGUACUGCUUCAUGGUGCUGCUGCACUUCGCCGACUUCCAGAGCGCUCAGCUCCGGCAGUUCGACGUCUACUUCAACGGCGACCGGUUGGGACAGGGCGAGAAGCCCUACAGCCCGCCGUACCUGGCCGCUGCUUCCGUGCGCUCCGGAUGGCACAGUGCCGUCGACGGCAUGUAUAACUUAACUCUCGCCGCCACUGCCGCGUCCCAGCUGCCCCCCAUGCUCAAUGCGCUCGAGAUCUACACUGCUAUUGCCAUGGACAGCCCGGCGACAUUCCGUGCAGACUUUGACGCCAUCAUGGCUAUCAAAUUCGAGUACGGAGUGAAGAAAAAUUGGGCGGGCGACCCAUGUUUCCCUACGAAAUACGCUUGGGACGGCAUCGGAUGCAGAAAUACAAGUCAUAGCAUUAUGAGGAUUACAUCACUAGAUCUCUCCAGGAGCUACUUGGAUGGUGUAAUAUCCAAAAAAUUUACGCUGCUCACUGCACUCGAGAAUUUGGAUUUAUCUUACAACAACUUAAGUGGUCCAGUACCUGAUUUCCUAACAAGUUUUUCCUCCUUACGAGUUCUAAAUUUGUCUGGCAAUCAUCUGAGCGGCGACUCCCUUUGUAAAAAUUACACUGGGACACUUGUUUUUAGACAUAACUGCAACGAAACACCAAGCCCAUCGAAGAACAAAGCAACUGUCAUAGCUAUUUCAAUAGUGGUUCCUGUGCUGGGUGUGGUUGUACUUAUUCUCGUAUAUUUCAUUUGGCGAGAGAAAAGAAAACAUUCACAGCGUGCAAUUCCAACGGCAAGUGCUGAGAAUCGCCAAUUCAGGUACAAAGAGUUGGAGAAGAUCACUAAUAAUUUCAAACAGUUCAUAGGGCAAGGAGGCUUUGGCCUUGUGUACUAUGGUCGUCUAGAAGAUGCUACUGAGGUUGCUGUAAAGAUGCGAUCAGAAUCAUCAUCACAUGGGCUUGAUGAAUUUUUAGCUGAGGUUCAGAGCUUGACAAAGGUGCAUCAUAGGAAUUUAGUGUCUUUGAUUGGUUACUGCUGGGAGAAAGAUCACUUGGCGUUGGUUUAUGACUAUAUGUCUCAAGGCAGCUUUUGUUAUCAUCUAAGAGGUAAAAAUGGUGCUUCUAGAACCUUGAAUUGGGGGACACGUAUUCGAGUAGUGCUUGACGCUGCACAAGGCCUGGAUUAUUUGCACAAAGGUUGCAGCCCGCCAAUUAUUCACCGGGAUGUGAAGAGUAGCAACAUUUUGUUGGGACAAACUCUGCAAGCUAAAAUAGCGGAUUUUGGACUUUCUAAAACUUAUGUCAGUGACACUCAGACUCACAUAUCAACCACUGCAGCAGGCACAGCUGGUUACAUGGACCCUGAGUAUUACCUUACCGGAAGGCUAAGCGAGAGCAGCGAUGUUUAUAGCUUCGGAAUUGUUCUGCUUGAAGUAGCCACCGGUGAGCCUCCAAUAGUGUCAGGCCUUGGCCACAUCGUUCAACGUUUUAAACAGAAGAUUGUAACUGGUGAUAUUGGCUCGGUUGUUGAUCCGCGGCUAGGAUGUGACUACGAUAUCAGUUCCAUGAGGAAGGUUUUAGACACCGCAAUAUUAUGCACCGAAGAUUCUGCUGAUCAAAGGCCAACAAUGGCUGCAGUUGUGGUAGAACUGAAAGAGAGCCUGGCAUUAGAGCAAGCUUGGCAAAGGACGUGCCAAGUCAAGCUAAGGGAGUGAUAUAACUGCUAUACCUUCCGUAUUUUGUGUAUCGGCAAGGGAUGAAUAAGUAUUAUGGGAUUAAAAUACCCUCUCCUCUAUCUUCAAGUAAUUUUCUGUUAUAAUAAUGUCUUUGCUACUGCUAAAAACAUGUGUCACGGUUAAGCAUGUAUGAAUGCAUAAUUAGCAUGUUAAGGAAUCAAACAGUGUCCAUUUUUACUC